CCAGCUGUGGAAUCCAGCGAGACCAAAUGUCAACACCUCAAAAGAUGUCCUUUGGCCGCAGUUGGCAGCAUUGUGGUUUUCUGGAUGGCAGCAGAGGACAGGGAAUCAGUGGAAGCCCGGGGAGCAGGAGAAAGCGGCCCAGCCUUCCCCAAGGUGGUGCCUGAUGACCCCAUGUCUGAAGGGAAGUCAAGGCCUUCUUUGGAGGCGGAGUCCCCGAAGCCAGACUCUUCCUACCACUACCUGGAGGAGAUGGAAGCUCGCGAGGACGCAGGCUGUCCAGGGCCGCCCAAGUCACUGUGCUCCAAGGCCGGUCCCACCGCCAAGGGCCAGGCGGGUGACGCACCCGAACUCAAAGAGCCGCCUCCGGCCCCGGCCACUCCCGGGACACCGGGGACCGAGCGCAACGCCGAGAUGGAGCUGGAGAAGGUGCGCAUGGAGUUUGAGCUGACGCGGCUCAAGUACCUGCAUGAGGAGAACGAGCGCCAGCGGCAGCACGAGGAGGUGAUGGAGCAGUUGCAGCAGCAGGCCAUGCCCCGCCUGUUUGAAAAGCUUACUCUUGUGGAUGAGCUGAAACCCUGGGUGUAUAGUCCUAUCUGCUGUCUGUCUUCUGCUCAAAAGAUAGACCGUGGAAAGUGUUGUGAAAAGUCUAAAAGGUUUCACAAAUGCAUGUCUGGUUGUCAAUAUCAUAAUUAUCACCCAUCAGCAUUUUAGACUGAAAGCAUAUGCUGGCUGCUUUGGGGCCGCUGGAAAUCCAUGGACCCAGAGUCAUAGCAGGUCUAUAGGUGCCCAGUAGGGCUCAUGCAGCCACCCCUCCCUCUAGAACACUGGGUUUCUUCCUCUGCUCUUCAACCUGCCUUGCCAUUCACUUUGGAAAUGGCAUCCCUGGAGUCAUUUUCUGCCCCCUCGGGUUUAUUUAUUUGCCCUCACAUUGUAUGUGGUUACUCCAACAAUGGUGUGUCCGAAACUGCUGUCUUUCAUGAUCGUUUACAAAAGUAUUUCACGUGUUGUGCAUUUAUUGACAGGUAGAGAGCUGACUUGAUUUUUAAGCCCCUCCCCACUCUCUUUUUCUGGAUGAAUGGGUGGGUAGAUGGAUUUCAUUGUAUUGAAAAGUAUCUCUGUCUGUUUCUAGCCAGCUUGGGGUAUCACAGCUCCUGCCAUCUGCCUGCUUACAAAAAAACAUGGCAUGAUUUUAAAAGAUAUUUUAAAGAAUAAACCAUGGGUGAUGCCUUCUUAACUACAGAUCAAAAUAGUUAUAUCAGCUUUUUUGCUGUACUUCGAUGUUGAUGCUUUCUACAGUUAAAAUGGAGGCUUGUUGGAUCUGAAUUCUAUAGAUUCCAGAAAUGAGCAGCAAGAACACAGGCAGAAUCAGCCAGAAUUAACUUGAGCUGCUUUCCUCCUCCUCAGUACCGUGAGGGUUUAGCGAGGCUCUAUCACCUGUCUCUCACCACCUAUCCCCCAGAGAGACCCAACCUUAGACUGAUAGACCACAGACUGACCCUGUGAGACAUAUGCCAGUACAAGAGGUCAGAAACAGUCACUUGCGCCCAAGGGACAUCCUCUCAUUGUGCCGCUGUCCAGAAAACAAGGCCGAGUGUCAGGGCAAACCAUGCAGAGAACAUUCCCAAGAACCCAGCAUCCAGAUCUGGGGAUCUCAGAGUCAGAGAGAGACUGCCAUCUGUGUGACUCAGCCACAGCACAGAACGCACAGAGAAGGGAAGGUGUCACCUGGAGCCUGGCUCAGGAAGGCUAAAGGCAGACGCAAGAAGUGAAAACCCAUGAGUUCCUCCACGUGCCAGUGACCUGACUAGGAAUGUUUCGGUUCUCGGUCCACUCUUCCUCUUGCGGUCUUGUGAACGGGGGAUGAGGAAGACAACCUGCCCCAGGUCCCAUUCCGGAGGGGACAAGAGCAGGACUGACGCACAGACCUGCCUGGCACCUGAGCCCGGUUUGGCCAGCUCCACUCUCU